GCGACCGAAAAUGGCUUGUAGUAGAAGUGUUUUGGAUUCACCUUUUGGAGAAAAGGUUAGCGAUGAAAUCCGGGAGAUAUUCGAGAUGUGUAAGAAUGGCGAUGUUUCAAGAGUACGGAGGUAUAUUAUGAAUGGUUUAGACUUGAACAUACGUGACACAGCGGGACGGAAAUCAUCGCCCCUUCAUUUUGCCGCUGGCUUUGGAAGGAAAGAAAUAGUGGAAGUUUUAUUACAUAGUGGGGCUGAUGUGCAUGCGACAGAUGAUGGUGGUCUAAUUCCUCUGCACAAUGCAUGCUCAUUUGGCCAUGCAGAAGUUGUAAGGUUAUUGCUAAAGCAUGGAGCUGAUGGGAAUGCUAGAGAUAACUGGAAUUUUACACCAUUACAUGAAGCAGCAGUCAAAGGAAAAGUUGAUGUUUGUAUUGUUUUGCUCCAACAUGGUGCUGAUCCUUGCAUCAGGAACACAGAUGGGAAAACUGCUUUGGAUGUUGCUGAAUCAUCUUGUAAAUCAGUCUUGAAUGGUGAUUACAAGAAGGAUGAACUGUUAGAGGCAUCAAGAAAUGGUAAUGAAGACAAACUAAUGUCCUUGCUCACGCCUCUUAAUGUCAAUUGUCAUGCAAGUGAUGGACGCAAGUCAACACCUCUGCACCUUGCAGCUGGUUAUAAUCGAGUUAGAGUUGUCCAGCUACUUCUUCAACAUGGUGCUGAUGUUCAUGCUAAAGACAAAGGCGGUCUGGUGCCUUUACAUAACGCCUGUUCAUAUGGUCAUUUUGAAGUUACCGAACUUCUCAUAAAGCAUGGAGCAAAUGUGAAUGCUAUGGAUCUAUGGCAGUUCACACCGAUACAUGAAGCAGCAUCAAAAUCUAGGGUUGAUGUUUGUUCAUUACUUCUCAGUCACGGUGCAGAUCCAAGUGUCUUAAAUUGCCAUUCAAAAAGUGCUAUAGAUGUUUGCCCUUCUGAUGAUCUGCAGGAAAAACUGCAAUAUGAGUAUCGUGGUCAUACUUUGCUGGUGACUUGUGCUAACUGCGAUGUUUUAAAAAUGAAGAAAAUCUUGGCAGCAGAUAUUGCUAAUUUCCAACAUCCAUUUUCACUUGAUUCAUCGUUGCAUUACGCUGUUGCAGCACCGUCAGCAAAACGUAAAGUAAUGAUAGAUAUGUUGAUGAAGAAGGGAGGUGAUAUCAACUUAGUUAACAGAGAUGGCGUUACGGCCUUACACAUUGCAGCGGAAAAAUCACAUCUUGAUGUUUUGGAAGUUUUACUUAAAAACGACGCUUCGGUGAAUGCGACGGAUAACCUUGGUCAAACUCCUCUUCAUAGUGCUGCAAAUGCUGGUCAUAUCCAAAGUUGUAGGAUGUUGCUGUAUGCAGGAGCUGAUAUCAAUGCUAGAUCGUUGCAGGGUGUUACUCCUGCACAACUUGCUCCUGAGAUGUUACAGAAGUUCCUGCAAAGUAAUACAGACAUUGACUCGUCCCAAGGAUGUAAUGAAAACGACGACACUAGAAAAUUACUAGAGGCCGCCAAGAUUGGUGAUCUAGAAACCGUUAAACAAUGUUGUUAUACGAAGACUGUAAAUUGUCGAGAUCUCGAUGGUCGACAUUCGACACCGUUGCAUUUUGCUGCAGGUUAUAAUCGUGUGAGUGUUGUGCAGUUUCUAUUGGAAAAUGGUGCUGAUGUACACGCUAAAGAUAAAGGUGGCUUAGUACCUUUGCAUAAUGCAUGUUCAUAUGGACAUUACGAAGUGGCUAACUUACUUGUCAAGUAUGGUGCCAAUGUAAAUGUUGCUGACUUAUGGAAAUACACGCCUUUACAUGAAGCUGCGACCAAGGGAAAACUGGAAAUCUGUAAACUUCUAUUGCGACAUGGUGCAGAUGCCAGUAAAAGAAACCGUGAUGGUCAAACACCGUUAGAUUUAGUUAAAGACGAAGAAAGCGAUGUCUCUGAUUUACUUCGAGGUGAUGCUGCACUGUUAGAUGCUGCGAAGAAAGGUGUUUUGGCAAAGGUAAUGAAGUUAGCAAAUCCAUCGAACAUAAAUUGCUGUGACAGUCAAGGAAGAAACUCGACGCCACUUCAUUUAGCUGCUGGAUAUAAUCAUCUUGAAGUAGCUGAGUAUUUAUUGGAGACUGGGGCAGAUGUAAAUGCUCAGGAUAAAGGAGGCUUAAUUCCUCUACACAAUGCCUCAUCUUAUGGACAUUUAGAUAUUGCUGCCUUGUUAAUUAAACAUAAAGCAGACGUAAAUGCAACCGACCGCUGGCAUUUCACGCCUUUACACGAAGCAGCUCAGAAAGGAAGAACGCAACUCUGUGCUUUGUUGUUGGCGCACGGUGCCGAUCCUUCCGUGAGAAAUUUAGAAGGAGAGACGCCUUUAGAUCUGUCCACGGCUGAGGAUGUGAAAGCUCUGCUAAGUGACGCAAUGCUUCAUUGUACAACAAACGCAGUUGCUUCGAAGUCAGCAACACCUGGUAGCAAGCAGGAAAAUACUGCUUCACCUUUAUCGACGGCCAACUCGCGACUGCUGGCCAGUAAUAUACCUGGCUCGGGUGACGGAGCAUCAACCGAGCGACCGGCAAUGGAACUACCUUCAGUUCAUCCCGGUCUUGAUGUUGAUAUUAGUCAGUUCCUCAACAGCUUGCAAUUGGCACAUCUUAACGAAAUAUUUGAACAAGAACAGAUCACUUGGGACGUCCUGUUGGACAUGGGUCAUGAGGAACUAAAGGAGAUUGGAAUAAACGCGUAUGGACAUCGUCAUAAAAUCCUGAAAGCUGUCAAGGAGAGAACUGUGAACAUGGGACUAGGUGAUGAAAGUAAUGGACCAUUUACCGCAGUAUCAUCUACAAAUCAUGGCACUAUACUUCAAAAGUUAUCUCGAACUGAUAAAGACUUUAUUUCUGUAUCUGAAGAGAUGCAAAGUACCAUACGAGAACAUCGUGAUCAUGGUCAAGCUGGCGGUAUUUUCUCCUCUUACAAUAUCAUAAAGAUUGAAAGAGUAAUCAAUAGAAAGAUGUGGGAGAGAUACUGUUACCGAAGGCAAGAGGUAGCGGAGUCAAAUCAUAACCACGCAAACGAGAGAAUGUUAUUUCACGGUUCACCAUUUGUCAAUUCAAUCGUUCAAAAGGGAUUUGAUGAACGUCACGCUUACAUUGGUGGAAUGUUUGGUGCUGGAAUAUAUUUUGCCGAAAAUUCUUCUAAGAGUAAUCAAUAUGUUUAUGGUAUCAAUGGUGGUAGCGGUUGUCCCGCUCAUAAAGAUCGUUCCUGUUACGAGUGCACCAGACAAAUGCUGUUAUGUCGGACAGCACUUGGGAAACCAUUUUAUCAGUUUUCUGCAAUUAAAGUUGCACAUUCACCACCAGGCCACCACUCGGUCAUUGGAAGACCUAGCGCAGGGGGUCUGUCUUUUGCAGAAUAUGUUGUGUAUCGUGGGGAACAGGCUUAUCCCGAAUACAUCAUUGAAUAUAAAAUAGUAAAGCCAGAAAACAGAGACAGUGAUUCUUGGCUGUCGUCAUCAUGAUCGUUUGAACCGAAGAACAGAGCUUAAUGCAUUUGCAUUGUUUGCGAGGGAUAAGUAGGAUUGAGAAGAUAUUCAUGGAGAUGCGGGUGAGGAAAUUGCGAUAACAGAGCUAGAACUGACGUGACUUGUAGAUUCAUAUCAUACGACUAAAAUAAUAAGAUAGGAAUGUUGAAAUUUUCAUCAUAGAAUCCAUUUCAACUUGAUGAGUAAAUCAAUACCUGAUCAAGAAAAUUCCUCAACUUUUUAAAUAGAAUGUUGAGGAAAUUUCCUUCGUAAAAUUGAUCCUCUGAUCUUUUUACUAUAAUAAAUAUAUUAAAAAUGUAAUUUACAUGUAAUAAUGAAAUAUCUGAUGCUGUAUCGUGGCUGUACCUUGCUCUACUGUCUUGGGCCAGUUGAAAUUUUUACAUUGAUUUCUACGUUCAGCGCACUACGAAAUAAAACUUGAUUUGCUAUCUACAAA